CCUGGGGCGCUGUCGUCACCCGGCGGAACCACCGAGCCGGCGGGGGGAGGCACUGCGGCCGCUCGCGCUCGCGCUUCAGCCGCCGCCGCCGCCGCCGCCUGCGCGGCGCCGGGACAGAGCCCCCACCCCACCCCCGGGCAGGGCGGUCCGGCAGCGCCGAGAGCGCCGGGGGAUCCCGCUAUCAUGUCGCUGAGACAGCGCCUGGCCGCGCUGCUGGUCUGCCUGCGGGACCCGCAGAAAGUGGCCAGCUUCCAGCGGCUGUGCGGGGUGGAAGAGCCGCGGCCGGCCGGGGCGGACGCUGCGCCGCGGGGGGAGCCGGGGACGGCCCGGGAGGAGGGGGGCGGCCGCAAACCGCACGGCGGCGGGGGCAAGCGGCGAGGCUGCGGCGCCAGGAACGGCGUGAGGAAUGGGCUGCCGGAGGCCGGCGGGGAGCCGGCGACGGCCACAUCCACGGCGGGGGAGCGCGGGAGCGAGGCGACCGUCCACAGCAGAGUGCAGGGUCUGCGGCGCAACUCCCUCACCGGGGAGGAAGGGGAAGUGUACGGAGUGCGGAACUGGCUCCUCUUCUACUUGUUCUCCUUUGGCACCGAGCUGGGCAACGAGCUCUUCUACAUCACCUUCUUCCCCUUCUGGAUCUGGAACCUGGAUGCCCUGGUGGGCCGGAGGCUCGUGAUCAUGUGGGUCCUGGUCAUGUACCUGGGCCAGUGUGCCAAAGACGUCAUCCGAUGGCCCCGGCCCGCUUCGCCGCCCGUGGUCAAGUUAGAGGUCUUCUAUAACUCGGAAUACAGCAUGCCCUCCACCCAUGCCAUGUCUGGCACAGCCAUCCCCAUCUCCCUGGUCCUCCUCACCUACGGCCGCUGGCAGUAUCCUCUUGUGUAUGGACUGGUUAUUGCCACCUGCUGGUGUUCUCUGGUUUGCCUAAGUAGAAUUUACUUGGGAAUGCACUCCAUUCUGGACAUUGUUGCUGGAUUCCUGUAUGCUAUUUUUAUCUUAGCUGUCUUCUACCCGUAUGUGGAGCUGAUUGAUAACUUCAACCAGAUUUAUAAAUAUUCUCCACUAAUUAUCAUCAGUUUGCAUUUAGCCCUGGGGAUCUUUUCCUUCACCCUUGAUACUUGGAGUACAUCACGAGGAGAUACAGCUCAGAUCCUGGGCAGUGGUGCAGGAAUUGCAUGUGGAUCUCAUGUUGCUUACCACAUUGGUCUGAUGUCAGAUCCUCCUCUUGAUACAUUACCUUUAACUAUUCCCUCCAUCACUGUGACUCGUUUUGGAAAAGUCAUAUUACGGAUUCUAAUAGGAAUGGUAUUUUUGCUACUAAUGAGAAUUGUGAUGAAAAAGAUCACUAUCCCAUUAGCCUGUAAAAUGUUUGGUAUAAAAAGUGAUGAUGUUCGAAAAGCAAGACAGUGCAUGGAAGUUGAACUUACUUAUCGUUAUAUAACCUAUGGAAUGGUUGGCUUCUCUAUCACGUUUCUGGUUCCUUGCUUAUUUUCCUUCAUUGGCCUUUCUUGAUGGCCUGUCCCUUACGAGGAAGGAUGGCAGUAUGUGAGAAUAAUUCUGAGGCAAAAGUCAGAUCAAUGCUUUUGCAGGAAUUUUACUUAAAUAGGUAUUUAAGUGAACCUGAAACAUACAGUGCUUUUUACCACUGCAUCUGGAUAUUGUUUUGGAGAAUGCUGAGCAAUUUCAACAUGGAGAAAGUCAUGGAUAUCCCUUAAGUAUGAUGUUUUGGGGUGUUUUAUUGCUAUGUAUAAUUCGGGUUAUAGAUCUACAUAUAAUAUAUAUUAGGUACAUAAUAGAUACUUAUGUACCUAAUAUAUAUUAUAUGUAAGUCUUAAUGAACUAUGGGAGCUCUAUAAAUAAACAAAUAAUAUGCAUACAGUUAUGCCUUUGUAUUUCGAUUUAACCCAGGUAUGUUGUGAUUACCUGACAAAAAAAUUUCCUGUACCUAGAAUGUGAGCCAUUUCCUAAUUUAAUUACACAGUUAAUGAAAACAGAAUUAGUAUGCAAACCACUUAUCUGUUUAUUGCCUCCUCCUACCACCUUUCUUGCUAUACUUACUGAUUUGUAUAGGAGGCAUUUAAUGGACCAAAUUUGAAGUAAAAUUAACUUGUGCAUUCAAAAUGUUUUGUUUUUUGUUUUAUUUAGUUCUGUGUACAGUGUAAAAUACUUCGGUUUGCAUUCAUUCUAGAUAUCUCUAUAAUGAUUCAGGUACUGUAUUUUAAUGCUUAUUAAUUGUGCCUUUCUGUUGCUGAAUUAAGAAAUGCCAUGUAUACUGUGAUGUAAAAAUAGGACUGAUAAUUUAUCUUCAAAGACACAUAAUUAGGGAAAUAUUUUUUUAAUUUAUGUUGAGAAGAAUUCUGAGUAGUUUAGAAGUAAACUCUACACGGUAGCUUAUAUGUUAAUAAAUAGAAUGACCUAAACUUUCUCGGUAACCUAACAGCUAUGGAUUGUGAGGUCCGUAGGAUUUUUUGGUUGUUGCUGCAUUAUAAGUUAGAGGAAGAAGAUGAUUUUUCUGUACAUUGUCUUGAUCAUAUUGCAGGUUAGUAUUUCUAGCAGUUGGAAACAUAAUUGGAAUCUAGACUGGGACGAUGGAAUGUUAACUCAGCGUGCAUCUAUAACAUUCUUAAAUUAUUUCCAGAAGCUUAUAGUUGACAGUGUUAAUUUAAUCUUUCUGGUUUAACCAUUUACUAGUGACUUAAGACAGAAUAAAUAAGUUAAAAGAAAGUAGUUAUAUCUCCAGAUCCUACAAUUUUUCAGUUUUAUUUUUUUCUCUUUAUAAAACGUGGAUACAGUAUUAGGUUGUCAUUUAUUCUGUUUACUUUUCAUACUUUGAGGUUUAAUUUCCUUUGAAAUUAGGCUAACACUGUUUCCUAGAACUAAAUUUCAUAUAUGAGGAAUUACUACAUAAACAUCAGGGUAACAUAUUGGUGAUUUUACUGUAAUAUCUGUACUGUAGACCCAAGAGUAGCCUUAAAAAUGUUUUUGUUUUGAUAAAUAAUAGCUACUGCAGCAACAGAGUCUUCUAAUUGGGAGCUUGGGUUUAUGGCAGCUGGCCUACAUUCAAUCUGUUAAUUGCAAUUCAAGCAUUAAAAUUUACAGGCACUAAAUGAUAUCUGUUCUUUUAAAGAUGAGAAAGUAACUUUUCUUUUCCAAAUUGGAGUUCAGAAGAAUGAAUUCAAGGGAAUAUUUUCCACAAUUCAGUUCUGUACUAUGCAAUGCAUUUAUGUUGAGUUUAAAACGUUAGCUUGACCAUAUUCAUUGUGUUUUAUUUUUUUCUAUCCUAUGCUAAAUGUAUCUAAAAAUAAAAACCACAUUUAAGAUUUUC